AUGAACACUAAGGGGAAAACACCCGGAAGCGCCGGGAGAACGGUCAGAGCAUCCGUACAACAACAAAACGGACUUACCAUGCGAAAGCGCGAUAUGACCCCCACUAGAAAUACAAAUCUUGUUCCCAACGCAACAUUCGUAGGAGAUCGAUUUCUCGGAGUUCGUCUUGAUCAAGACGAAUUGGACCAUGCCAAUCAUUUAAUGACCAGUCAACUUUACGGCAAUAAAGAGAAUUUGAAUUCCUCUAUGUCCGAACCAAACAGUCCUGAAAGGAAAAGUGCUGAAGGAGAAGCUCUCAAACAAAUGAUGCGUCACAAGUCGGCUGGUGUUUUAACCGAUGCUGAGGACGGAGACCGUAUUCUGUGCUAUAAGAAGAACCUCGCACCGCCACCUGCCAUUGGAUAUAUAAAUCAGGCAAAAGUUUUAUACAGUACAAACAACGUGAUCAACCCAGCUUCAUCAGUCAAGAAGUCAACAAGACAUGUAAAAGAGACAGCCUCAAAAGUUCUUGAUGGUCCUGGACUUACAAAGGAUCUGUACUCACGCCAUCUUGACUGGGGAUGUCACAAUUGGGUGGCUGUUGCACUUGGCUACGAGCUUUACCUUUGGAACACUGAAACCUGUGUCAUCAAGAACUUCUUCGAAGACAAUGCUCCCACGAACGAGGGUCUUAUCACUUCAGUCCGAUGGAGUCAAGAUGGACGGUAUAUCUCACUUGGUUAUGGAUCCGGUGCUAUCUAUGAUCCAAACCGCCCAAAGACUACUGAAUACGUAAGAGAGUUGAGAACACUUCGCGUUGGAGGAGCAUCCCGAUGUGCCUCGAUCGCCUGGAGAAAACAAGGUGUGAUGACAUGUGGAUACAAGUCGGGAGAUAUUGUCAAUCAUGAUGUCCGUAUCUCUCAACAUGUUGUGAGCUCUUGGGGAGGUGAAAAUGGUCAUAGCCGUGACAUUACUGCCUUGGAAUGGUCUAGUGAUGAAAACAUGUGUGUUAGUGGUUCUUCGGAUCGCACGGCCAAAAUUUGGGAAGGACGUUUUGUUAGAGGAGAUGGAGUUAUUCAAGACCCGGAACCUCAAUUCACGAUCGAUGAGCAUACCGGACAAGUUCGUACCGCCCAAUUCUGCAGUUUCCGAGAUGGAAUCCUGGCAACUGCCGGUGGAAUCAACGAUGGAACCGUAAAGCUGUGGGAUGUGAAGCGACAAUGUCAAAAGGUUCGAGAACUAAAUGUCUGUGAGACUGGUGGAGUUGGAGGUAUCGUGUUCAAUCGUCCUUACUCCGAAAUGCUCACAGCAUCUGACGAUGGAUUCCUACGGAUCUAUAGAUUCAAUGCGAACUAUAAGUUGUCUCACGAAAUUCAAGCAUCCAAUGAGCCAAUUAUGGAUCUUGUCGGAUCGCCAUACGACGAAGUUCUCAUUGGAGACAUGGAAGAGACAUUGAAGGUGUUCCAGUUGUUCAGUGUUGACAAGAGCACUAAUAUUUUGGACAGAACAGGUCCAAAAAAUGUUGGUUUGAAUGUUAGAUAA